AUGUCCGGUUCUGCCACUCCUGAACGCGACCACCAGCUCCUCGACAUUGGAAAGCAAUGCUCAGAAGCGUCUUGUCUCGUGGUGGACUUCUUGCCCUUCAAGUGCCAACAUUGCGCACACGCGUACUGUGGUGACCACUUCCUUCCGACCGCUCACCACUGCGAGAAGUACGACGCCGCCAAGCUCGACCGAAUUGCCCCAUCCUGCCCAAUAUGCAACACCCCAGUGGCCAUUCCUCCGGGCCAGGACCCCAACAUCCGCAUGGAGCAGCACAUCAAUACACAAUGCUCUGUCAUGACAGGCAAGUCGGCCAAGGCGAAGUCUACGCCGACUUGCGCUCGUCCGAAGUGCGGAAAGGUGUUGUUUGCUCCUAUACGAUGCGAUUCAUGCAAGCACCAGUACUGUCCACAGCACCGCUUCCCCGCCGACCACUCUUGUGCCGACCUGCCUUCGUCCUCUACUAAGACUUCACCUACUGCUAAGACAUGGACGAACGUCUCGAACCAGACAAGUGCUGCUUCGGCCGCCGCAGUGGCUGCUCUUAAGCGUGCCGCUGCAUCGACCAAUGCGGCCUCCCCCGCCUCGCGCAACCAAGCGCAGAGCAAGAGCAAGCCACCAGCGGCUGCCCCAAAGCCCGUCGCAUCCGCUUCACGCUCUAAUCCGUUUUCGGCCACCGAUCGGUGA